AUGUUUAGCCGAUCGCUCAUCUCGCUGCUUGCAGCAUACACUGGUCUUGCGUCCUGUGUCCCUACAGGUCCGCCAGCAGGACCUCCGCCAGGCCCUCCAGGUCCUCCAGGUCCUCCAGGCCCCAAACCAGGCACAGAGAACUACCAUUGGGUCAACACCUGGGUGUCAAUGCAACAGGUAGCAGAGUACACGAACCUACCCGGUCCUGGCUACUACAAUCAGUCGAACCUUGUCUUCCCUGACAGUACAAUUCGUCAAACUAUCCACACUUCGAUUGGCGGACAACAAAUUAGGUUGACAAUCAGCAACCAGAAUGGUGUGGUGAACUUGCCUAUCACUGCUGUCAGCGUUGCGAAGNNACUUCCGCUCCAAGAUCCCAAUGCCGUCCAGACCACGCUCAACGGCACUGUUCUUGGUGCGCCAUACCCUACCGGCACUGGUUCUCGCAUCAUAGACACCAAUACAAUCAGACAAAUCACCUUCAGCGGCAACAGCUCAAUCAUCAUCCCCGAUGGCUCUAUCGCAGUCUCCGAUCCCAUCGACUUCCCCAUCGCCGCACAGUCCGAGCUCAGCAUUUCAAUUUACCUGAAGGAUGGACAAAAUUCAAGCAUCAUAACCUCUCAUCCUGGAUCCCGCACCAACUCAUACUAUGGCAUGGGUAAUCAGAUCAACAACUACAACAUCACUGGCGACAAUGUCGUGUCACAGCAACAUUGGUUCUUUAUCUCCGGUCUCGAGGCGUGGAGUCCGCCGCAGAGCAGUGCGUUCUACAUCAUCGGCGACUCUAUCACUGAUGGACGUGGAUCUUGGAACAACGGCAACAACAAGUGGACUGAUAAUCUCCUUGCACGUAUGCAGAAGAACCCUGCAACAAACAACAUCGCUAUCGGCAAUCAAGCCGCUGGUGGCAACCGUGUCUUGACCGACGGCAAUGGACCCAAUGCCAUGGGAAGAGUCGAAAGAGACGUAAUUGCUCAGCCUGGUGCAAAGUACGCCAUGAUCUUUGAAGGCGUCAACGAUAUCGGUACUGCUGGUCUGGAUGAAGCUAGUCAAGAGAUGGUAUACCAACAGCGUCUUAUCCAGGCAUACAAGCAAAUGGUUACGCGUAUGCACACUUUCGGCAUCCCCGUCUUUGGAGCAACAAUCACACCAAUCGGCGCGGCCAAUGCCACUGCAGGAACCUACACCCAGCCACAACGUGUAGCGACAGUCAAUCGCGUCAACGACUUCAUUCGCAACUCUGGAACUUUUGACGCGGUAUUUGACUUCAAUGCUUGGUUGGCAGAUCCGGACAUGCCGAACCAGUUGAACCCGAUGUAUGACAGUGGUGACUUCUUGCAUCCGAAUGAGCUUGGCUACCAGGUUCUUGCAAACAAGUUCGACCUCGGUGUUUUCGCGAGAUUCAAGGGAGGAGUGAAUGGCUACGAAUGA